AUGGCGUUUUUCAAAGUAGCCCUUGUGCUGCUAGGUUUGGCUGCAGUGACAUUGCAAGCAUUUGGUAAGAUACGAAACCCACACGAUUCGGAAAACAACUAUCAACUCUUCCACAAACAACGUGUAGGAAGAGGCAAACGUAGCCAAGAUGAGAGCACUGGCCGCGUACUCUCACAGGAUCUUAUUAACAGACUCUGGUCGCUGAAAGGUUCGUCAAGUGCAACCACUGCGGGGACCACAACAUCAACAUAUACCACACCAACAACGAUUACUACAAGUCCAUCAACUAGUCCAACAACUAUUACAACCAGCAACACAACAACUGCACGAGCACCCCAAUAUAUUAUCCAAAGAUUUUCAUUAAAUGACUAUGCUUACGAUGACGAAAUCGGCGAUGAAGAAGACAAUUCUCGCUUUGCAUUGCGUAAUGGCAACAGCUACGAUAUAUAUGACGACAUAUAUGACGACUACGACAAUGGCAGCGAGCUUAGUCAAGAUGAUGCUGAUGAUGAAGACAACGCCAUUCUAGUUGAAAAUGAACAAAGUUCCUUCGAUGAAGUAGGGCGGGCAGCACGCGCACGACCUUCGAAUUGGCGUCGCCGUCGUCGUCAGCAACGUCCGAGGAGGCGUCGCCAGCAGGGGCAACGACAACGUCGCCGCCCUAAUCAAAGACGUAGGCGCGUCAAUCCCAAAAAGCGUGUUUACCGCCGCAGAGGUCCGAGCAAUCGCCGUCGACGACGCCCAAGCGGCAAUAAUAGACGCGGUGGUCAGCGCAGACGCAUUGUACGGAUAGCGGUUUGA